GGGAGUCCUCCACAGGUGUCAGUCAAACCCAUAGGAGGUGUGCCACCAGGGGCUGGGGUCAGAGAGGAUGUAUUUCUGGUCUGGAGGGAGAUGGAGGAGGCCCGGACCACCAGAGCACGAGUCCAGGCUAUACUGGCGGAGAUUACAGCAUUAGCACCACAUCAAGAACCAUCAGACUCAGGGCCUCCACCAACGCCCUGCUCUGAGGAUUGCCUCAGCUCCAGAGAGUGGCUGUCCCAGUACGGACUGAAGGCCCAGAAACUGCUGCUGUAUGAUGCUCUCUCUGAUUGUGCCUUCCGCCACUCUGACGGGGUGGUGGACCUCAGAGCCAAGCCUGAGGACGAGAGUGUCCAGACGGACGCUGAAACUAAUCACAAGCUUGUAAAUGCCAAGUACUGCAGCAGAUUCGCUCACAUGAAAUGGAAGGAUGGCUCCGUGGUCCAUGUGCACGUCACUGCUGAGAAGUGCCGGUGGUAUGAGGACCAGAUGAGGAUGGCCCUCGCUAACAUGCAGAGGAGGCUGGACUGGCUGUGUAGGGGCAGCAGGGAGCUGUUUGGUGCGGUUCUGGAGGAGCAGGUGUAUGUGCUCGUUGACACCUCAGAGUCCAUGAAGGACCAGCUCCCUCUUCUGAAAGCGAAGAUCCACCAGCUCAUGAAGGAGCAGCUUCGCCAUAAGGCCAAAGUGAAUUUUGUGAAAUUCGGGUCACGGGCUGUGUCGUGGAGAGAGCGGCUGGCUGGGGUGAACGAGCAGAGCCUGGAGAACGCCUGGACCUGGAUCAAAGGACUGCAGGCUGGGGGCUCGACCAACACACUUGGUGCUCUGCAAUUGGCGCUGGCAGACAUUGGCACACAGGCUGUUUACCUGUUGACUGAUGGCAGGCCAGAUCAGCCUACUGGGACAGUGCUGGCAGAGGUCCAGCUUUGCCCCCCGGUCCCGGUACACACCAUUUCCUUUAACUGUAAAGACAUGGAAGCCAACCGCUUCCUCUACACGCUGGCCCAGGAGACAGGGGGGAGGUACCACUGCUACCAGAGAGACCCAGAGGAGCCUGGUACCCCUCUGCCCUACGUGAGUGAGGACAUACACCUCCUGAAGGCUGAGAUUGAGCAAGGGAAGGAGAACCUAGAGAAAGUUCUGAAACUGCGUGCUGAGUGCGUGAUGCUGGACUGGUACCAUAACGGAGACAAUGGCACAGCGAAAAGGAGCAGUGAACGACCCCACAGCGCCCCCCGACUACAGAAGGCUGCUCAGGGCAUAGAGAGGGCACGAAGGCCACAGUCUGUGCUGGGGUGUGUACCAGCCUCACGCUACAGCCACCCACACCAUCUACCCACCGCCCAGUCCCGGGACCGGCACACCCGGCAGGCCCAACGCGCAGCACACACAAAGGCCAGCCUGCUGAGGUUCCUCAGCCAUGGCGUCAGCAUCGCCGACAAAGGCCUGGCACAGGAAUGGAUGCUGCCGGAGACCCUGUCCCUCUUCCAGACCAACACUGACAAGCAAAGCCAGGUUCUUCACCGUCUUGAAUUAACUGCCAUGGGUGGCAGCCAAAAGAAACCAAAGAGAAAAUCACCCAAGGAAUCCCUGGAUAUGUCCUCAGCCCAAUGGCUCCGAACAAAUAGCUUGGUUGCCAGGCGACUGACCAUAAUCGAUGCCCUGGCCCCUACAGCAGUGCCACAGAGUGCCAAAUUCAUCCCCAUCCUGGAGAAACACAUCUACUCGAAAGUGUUUGACGAGGUGUUCCCUCUGGCCCACCUCAGCAGUGGACAUCGGCUCACCCUGGUCAAUCCUCUGGGCGUGAACCUAGAAGACUACAAGACCAGGCUGCAGGGAGCUCUGCAGGACUACCAGAGGAGGCUGGAUUUGAUUGUAUGGAGAGCACUGACCGAAGAGGACAGAGCUAAGUUUGGCAGUGAUAAGCCCCUGGCAUUCUUGGAGAACCGCGAGGCCCUUCUGCAGAUGCUGGAGGCUCAGGGCUGGCCGCUGCCAAGUGAGGACAUCAGCCUGCUGGAAGACCAGAUCAACAUGGGCCUCUCCUUCCUCCAGCAGGCCUCCGACCUGCAGAAGGCCGCCAGACAGAAGGCCAGCACCCAGGACAAUGACGCCGGGAGUCGAAUGAACAGUGCGAACAGAGCACAGAGGACACGGCGCAGGCGGGCGCUGGACACACUCAGGGGUCAGAGGGUCAUCGCCAGGUCAGAGGCCGACGAGUUUUAUUACUCAGGGACCGUCAGGAAGCGACUGCCAGGAAAGAGAGUGCUGGUAGAUUUCAGCAGGGGGGACACAGAGAUCGUGCCUCUGGGGGCUGUGAUCACUACAGGAGGGGCAGGGCCGUGCCCCCCUCUCACAGUGGGAGAUUUUGUGCUCGUCGACUCUGGGACGGAGGGUGUGGGCGAAUGCUUUGUCCCGGGUGUUGUCAUAGCAACCCCUCGCCGACUGGAGGCCGCGGACAAAUUGUUCACCGUCCUCAAAUACAACAACAGGAAGGUGCACUGUGUGCGUAGCAAAAUGGUCAAAAUCAGCCAGACCAGGUACAACCUCACCUGUCGCUGCCUCCGAGAGCAGCACAGAGAACGUCACCGCAUGGAUCACAAAAUGCAAGUAGAACUGGAAGGUCCAGUACUCUUUUCUCGCUAA